CAUGAUUGGUCCCCAACAUGAAGAAGAGGCUCGCUAUCAUGACGGGCCACCAAGAGGACUCUGUUCCAUCUAAACGCCCAAAGGUACAGUUAGCACCUUUGCCAAAUCGCCAGCAUAGUCCGGUGGUAAGCAAGGUGAGGAAGAAAACUUUGGAGGCGUGUCAGAAAUGCCGCGAAAAAAGGAUCAAGUGCAAUGGACACUGGCCGUGCGAUAGCUGUUGCUCCAAGGGCUAUGAAUGCAGUUUAAGACCGGCAUUGCAUGACGACCCUGUGGAAUUGACGGAAGUUAUGAAUCAAGUGCUCUCACGGCUACGUCGCGUCGAGGAUUUUAUCCAGCAGCAAGGUCAAGGCACACCGUCAGUAGGGAUAGAGGGUCGACCUGGAGUAGCCCCCAUAAAGCGAACUGUCUCAUCAGUCACAGAGUUCAACCGCCAGACUGGGUGCUUCGAGUACUAUGGUGAAACUUCGAGCUUUGUUGUUGCUAGUUCGCUGGGCAAAAGAUUGAACCGCCUCAAUGAAGAUGACUCUUCAGUCUCUGCUUCACGUGUGAAUAAUCCAGAACAGGGCCCAUUGACAGAAGACAGAAGACCGUCCAUAGGCGUGCCUGGGCUACAGACACUGCUCGAUGCUUACGACUAUGUAAUGCCACUGAACACACCGGUCCGUCGUUAUCGAAGCCUCCAACAAGACGUCGCAGAUCGUCACUUGGACAACUUCUUCGCUACCAUCCACGUUUAUUUGCCCGUUUUCGAUGUUUCUGCCUUUCGCGCGAAAUACUCCCGACUUAGAGAGCUUUUUGGUUCCAACUUGCUGCAUGCCCCGAAUGGAGACAGCCAAGGGCAACAACAAUCCCUGUGUCUGCUCUACGCUGUUCUCGCCCUUGGUGCCUUAUAUGCUGCUGAUGAAGACAGCUCAUCGUGGGCAAGUUGGUAUUUUUCUGAAGCACAAGAGCUUUUGGGUCGCUUGUAUGACGCGGUCAAUCUGCAGUUGGUGCAAGCAGCAAUGUUCAUGGGAGCCUAUGCCCAGCACGCGCUCAAACCGAAUUUGGCAUAUAAUUUGGCUGGCACUGCGACCAGAAUGGCAUUUUCGAUCGGUCUAAACCUCGACCCAACACUUGCUUCACAUAAUUGGGACGGAGAAGAGGGCAGACGGACUUGGUGGAUGCUCUUCAUUGAAGAAGUGGAGCUAAGCGUGGACUCUGGACGCCCUAUGUCCAUUAGAAAGAGUGAUAUUUUAGUGCAAUAUCCAUCCGAACUUCAGUCACAGCCUCCCCAAUACCAGAUGUCUGAUUUCAUUCGACACCUUGCAGGGGUGGCCCAAAUCACGCGAGAUAUUCUCAAGUUUGUGGUCACCUCAACACGUCCCGUGGGCGCAGAUCCCUCAUGGGAGGCAAAAAUACACAAGUUUCAUCAUUUGCUGGUCCAAUGGCGGAGUCAACUGCCGAUCGAGAUCAAGUUUGAAGAUGGCGGCCUCGAUGAAGAUUUAGUCCUGCCCAAUAGCUGGACUUCUCGACAUCGGAGUAGCUUGCUUGUCCACUAUAACCUCGCCCUUGUCGUCCUGCACAGGUUCUCCUUGAUGAGCCCCGAAAUCUCACCAUCUGAGGACCUGACAAGAACAUCUCAAUCAUUCUGUAUAGAUGCAGCAGGGGCGAUCAUACUCCACAUCCAUGGUCUCUUCCAGGUAGCGCCUAAUCUCAGGCGGUGGAGGUACUACUGCUACUACUGCCUUCAAGCCACGCUUGUUCUCUUGAUCAAGCUCGUGGAUGAGCCACUAGCUGAGCAAAACAGGAGCAUUGUCGCCAAAUGCCACCUCAGUAUCGUGAUCUUCAAGCAAAUCGAACUCAAGGUGGCACAGCGCUGCGCAGAGCUCGUGGUGAGUGUUCUCAACAGCCGACAAAAGCAGCAGACCAGUGAGGGGAUACCUGAACAGCGGGCACCCGAGCCAUCACAGCCUGAAUUCGGACCUAGCGACCCUGCACUGGCAUCGCAACAGGUAGCAACACAAGUUCCGACAAAAGAAGCUCAAUAUGGUAUCAUCGAAAGCGCCACGGAUGAAUUCUCUGCGGCGUCGUGUCCAGAUCUGACGUUCAGUGGGACUGAGCUGGACUUUUCGGUCGACGACGAGUUGUGGAACGACUUUGUUAAGUCCGGCAUGCAUACGCGGCCAUUCGAGAGCUGGAUGAACAUUCUGAAUGACCAGGAGGCCUUGUGAUCUCAUGAAAAGAUGACCACGACAAAGCCUUUGUAUUUGUAUUAGAAAGAGGUGUUUGUCACGUGAACUGAUCAGAUGGGCAGUGCACGUUGGUGGCGUUGUCGGAGGCAUUUAUCGACAUCGACGCGAAUACUUGACAUGUGGUUCACGCUUCAAUGAAACAUGGCUUUCAAUACCCGAAAGAGCGAACCGUGAGAGAUUCAGCCUUCCGCCGUAUCAAUUUUCAAUCCUAUAUCACCGCUUUUGGCUAUAACGACCCCACGCUGCUUUGACCUAUCGACGGAGGGAUUUGUCAGUUUUGCAAAGGAAGACACGAUUAGAAGCAACACACCUCUUCGUCCGCAUCAUAGGAAUACACGA